GAGCUUGACCCCUCCCCCUCCCCCUCCCCCUCCCAUCUCUCUCCUCCACUCCGCUACCCCUCCCCGAUUAAACCCUACUCUCUCUCUCCGCCUCGCGUCUUUUCCGCCCGCCUCCACCCAGGGAAAAAAUAAUUCCGGGGGCGACGGCCGUCGGAAACCGGUAGAAUUCGUCCGGGGAGGAGGAGGAGGAGGAGGGAUUUCGUUUCGUUUUGUUCUGUUUGUUUGGAUUUGGAUGGAGGCGGCGGCCGAGUGCGCGGGCGGCGGCGGCGCCCUAAGGGAGGUCAAGAAGGAGGCCGGCCCCGGCGACGUGUUCCUCGUCGACGACCUCCUCGACCUGCCCUGCGACGACGACGAGGAGGAGGACCACGCGGCGGGGUUCGCCGACGGGGCCGCGGACUGUAGCGCCGGCGAGGCCGGGGGCGGCGCCGGGAACGCGUCGGCCGACUCGUCCACGGUCACCGCCGUCGACAGCUGCAGCAACUCCCUCUCCGGCGGCCUCGCCGACGGCGACUUCUCCGGCGGCCUCUGCGAGCCGUACGACCAGUUGGCGGAGCUGGAAUGGCUGUCCAACUACAUGGGCGACGACAACUUCCCCACCGAGGACCUCCGCAAGCUGCAGCUCAUCUCCGGCAUCCCCUCGGCCUCGUCCCAGACGGCGCCGCCGCGCGCGCCCGCCGCGCCGGUGCAGCCUUGUGCCGGUGGUGGCGCCGGUACGGCCUUGUGGCGCUCGGACGCGCACGCCGGGCAGGUGUCCGUGCCGGGCAAGGCGCGCAGCAAGCGGUCCCGCGUCGCGCCCUGCAACUGGUCCUCCCGCCUGCUCGUGCUCCCGCCGGCGCCGGCCUCGCCGCCCUCCCCGGCGUCCGCCGUCAUCUCGCCGUCCGAGUCCGGGACGGCGUUCCCGCUCUUCCCGAACAAGAAGCCCGCCAAGUCGUCCAAGAAGAAGGAGGCGCCGGCCGCGCCCGCCAUGACCGCCGCGGAGGCCGCGGCCGCGGAGGGGCGGCGGUGCCUGCACUGCGAAACCGACAAGACGCCGCAGUGGAGGACGGGGCCGCUGGGGCCCAAGACGCUGUGCAACGCGUGCGGGGUGCGGUACAAGUCCGGGCGGCUGGUGCCGGAGUACCGGCCGGCGGCGAGCCCGACGUUCGUGCCGUCCAAGCACUCCAACUCGCACCGCAAGGUGGUGGAGCUGCGCCGCCAGAAGGACACACCGCCCCAGCAGCUGCUGCACCAUUCCCAGCACCAGCCGCCGCCGCCGCAGCAGCUGGGGCCGGGCCUGGGGUUCCAGGUGCCGGGCCCGCUGCUGUUCGACGGGCCGCGCCUGGGCGGCGGCGCGGACGAGUUCCUCAUCCGCAACCGCAUAGGGCCCGACCACCGGCAGCUCAUCUAGCCUAGCUUAGCUAGCCAGCGCCGCCCGGCUCGCCUAGGAGGAGGAUCGUUUCGUUAGCCCCAGCAGCAAUAAUUCAGCAAGAAGAAGAGCCAGCCAGCCCAGCCCAGCUAAAACUUUUUUCCUAGGAGUUGUUGUUUCUCCGGAUUUUAAUUUACCUUUUUCCAGAGACCUGUAUGCUUGCUUGCUUGCUACACUCUCCGUGUUUCUCAGUCAGCUCAGCUCUCGAGUUCCUUAGAAACUAAUCCUAGGGUGCAGUGCAGUUUGUUUUCCUUCUUUUCUUUUUUCAUAGCCUUUUUCUUUUUUGCUUUUCCAUAGAGUUUCUUCUUCAUUUUCUUGUAAUGCAGUCAGUGCAGGGUUCAUAGCCUAGAUUCUAGAACAAGAGGAAACAACAGCAGCAGCAAACAGCAACGUGCAGCAGUGUUUUUCUUUGAAA